AUGCACGCUCCAUCCCUCUAUGCAUGCACGCACCCAUUCCCCCGUGGCAGUGUGGCAGCAUGCACGGCGUCGCGAGCGGCACUGUGGGACGUCAGGGCGUCUCUCUCUUCCCCAGCCAUGCUCUUCCGCCUGCCUGACGCCAGGCGAUCACCUGCCACCACCACUACCACACUCAAGUGCCUCGCACCUGACCCGGAUGCUUCUGUCAUCUACGGUGGCUGUUCCGAUGGCGCCAUCUGUGCCUGGGAUCUGCGCCAAGGCACUGGACACUUGGGGAACCACAACUCUUUCCCGCACUCAGCAUCGUCCUCACUACAGCAGUUGCUACAGAAGUCGCUUCCAGAAGGUGAAUCUCGUAGGCGGGGAGCAUCGAAUCACCACCAGCUGCACAGCCAGACUUUGCCAUCCCGUGAUGUUUCGUCCAAGCAACUUACUUUGGCAGCAGCAGCAGCAGCAGCCGCAGCAGGAGAAGCAGAAGCAACAGCAGCAACAGCAGCUGCAGUAGCAGCAGCCAGUGAAGCGUCUCAAGGGUCUUUUAAGAAAGGUAGUGCAUUGGUAGGAGCGCAGGCGAACGGCAGCAGUGGAAGGAGUGGGAAGGGGAAUGGAGGACUGAGUUUUGGCAGAAAUGGUGGGGGGAGUGGUGGGGAAAGCGAAGGUAUAAGUGGUGCUGUGGAGUGGGCAAGUGGAGUGACAGAGAGGGAUGGUAGGAGGCUGGUGGAAGAGGGGUUGCUUGCAGAGGUUGAGAGGGAUAUUGAUAAAGACGUAGGAGUGCAUCGUCUGCCUUCUGCUUUGGACGAGAGGUGCGCUGCGCUCUCCUUUCCUCCUUUCAUAAAACUUACCAGAAACCCCAAAAGAGCGAUGCAUUCAAGCUCUCGUUCAGAAUUGACUGUGCCCCUCCUUCCCUUUCUUCACUCGCUCCCGCCUUCCGUUUCCCUUCUCUUAGUCUUUGAUAAUGAUUCCAUCACCCUCACACCCUCAUCUCCCCCAUACUCUCCAGAAUGGAACCCUCCCGCUGCACCUCUUUUCCACCUCUCAUCUCUUCAGUUCUGUGCCGUCGUUGCAGGUAAGGCUUAUCAGAUGCUAGUGAGUGAUACGCUGCAGCAGGCAGGAACGACCUCCUCUGCAGUGCAGCACCUGUCUUUUGACCCUGCAUCUGCCUCCCGCCUUUCCUUCCACCUCAACAACGGCUGGAGUGGAGUGUUGCAUGUGCCCUCGCUCUCCCUCUCCCACAUCCACUGCCCGCCCCCACCCUGGGUGAACACCCGGCCAGAAGUCGAGGAAGACGAGAGUCUAUACGAGUACUGUGUGUCCCCUCGGCCAGGGAUUCCCACCUCUUCUUCCUUGAUCUAG